AUGGGGUGGGCUAUGGGUUUGGCGGUUGGAGUGCUGGUGUUUGUGUGGGUUUCAAUUUUGGAAGGAAUGGGGUGGGCUAUGGCUUGGUCGGUUGGAUUGGUUGGGGCUUUGGUAGGAAUAUGGUGGGCUUUGGCUUGUGCCAGUGGAGGGGUUGGGGUUUUGUUUAGAGGAAUAGGGUUGGCUUUUGCUUGUGCCAUUGGAGGGGUUGGGGUUUUGUUUAUAGGAAUGGGAGGAAUGGGUUGGGCUUUGGCUUGUGCCAUUGGAGGGGUUGGGGUUGUGUUUAGAGGAAUAUGGUGGGCUUUGGCUUGUGCCAGUGGAGGGGUUGGGGUUUUGUUUAGAGGAAUAGGGUUGGCUUUUGCUUGUGCCAUUGGAGGGGUUGGGAGGAAUGGGUUGGCUUUGGCUUGUGCCAUUGGAGGGGUUGGUGUUGUGGUUAGAGGAAUGGGGUGGGAUUUGGGGUGUGCCAUUAGAGGGGUAGGGGUUGUGGUUUUGAGGAAGUUGGUUGGCUUUCGCUUGGUGGUUGGCUUUGGUGUUGGUUUCGUUGUUGGGAGGAAGUAG